AAUCAAAAAAUGUUAAAAUAUCUAAUGGUUCAUUUCAUUCUACUCAACAGCCGUAGCAUCCAUGGAAAGCUAUGCAUUACCAAGAUGAUAGUGCGUGUGCCGCGGGAGAAUGACAUUGGUUUGAUCUUUGACAUGACGGUGGUCAACCGGCACAACGGUGAGAGGAAGCUAACAUUCGACUUAAUUGUGUCCUCGGAUGGGCCAUGUACGGUAAACACCACUAAAGGCGAAAAGGUCCAAGUGGGUCCCAUCUACGGGGGUAACUUUGGGAGCUUGGAGCCUGGAAAACGUGAAACCGUCUCCCUGGUGUGGCCGACUGUGUCGCUGUACAAUCGUGUGGGCUAUUGUCCCAUUGCGAUCUAUGCUUUGAGUCCCUCGGGCGAGCCACACCCGGCGGCAGUGAAGCAACUGCUGCACUUUGACACUCGAUUCGAAACCCUGGACCCCGAAAAUCGUACACUACGCAGGCGAAAGGACUUUGUUGACUGCAAGAACUGGGACAAAGAAUACUUUAUGAACUGCCUGCCAGUCAUCUGUGAGGAGCGCUACUUCGGCCAGCGCAGCUUCUACAACUACACCACGGAGCAGUGCGAGCCGGUGCCGAGAUGCUCGAAUCCUGGCGAGUACUAUGACUACUAUGGUAAUGAAUGUGUGGAUCCCAACAAUGUCAUUACGGACGAGGAUCUCGAGCAGAUCAGGCAGGGAAUGUUUAAUGAUAUCCUGGAAUUGCGGCCGCCUCCUGGGUGCAAGCAUGCCAAACCGGACACCCAGCCAAAAGGCAAGUGCGAAAAACCUACUCCAACGCCCAGACCCGCUACCUGCCCAUCAAACGACGAGAAAUGUUCAGUAUCCAUCAGACGAUCUUUUGCUGAUUUCAACAAUUGUUUGCAAAGUCUACACGAAAACUUUUCACCAGAUGCUCCAGAGUCCACAGACAAGCAGAUCGGAAAAAAGUCAACAGCUGAGAUUUCGCCGUUUAAGCAGUUUUACUACGACUGGUACUUGCCUUUGCGGGCCGACGAAGAAUUCACCCCGGACAGUGGCAGCGUCUCAUCCGGAUCUCAGCCCCUUUUGACAUGGCUUGCCGAGGUGGACUCCAACGGGUUGCUGUUGGUGAUUCUAAGGAGUUUUGCAAUCAUCUUAUUGACAGUUGUCUUUCAGGUGGCCAUCACCGGUGGGGCAUAUUUGCUUGUGUGCUUUUUGGUUUACGGCUUCCUCGAUCUGUUGGGCAAAAUCAGGAAGUCCAAGACGACAACCGACCAAUUGGCUAAGAAACUGAGGCCCAAGAUAGACGAAGACCGCAUUGAAAUCAUUACCUCAGAGAGUUUGAUGUCGCACCGUUUAUAGUUGCCUUUCUACUUUGUUCUUUUUUACUACUACUUCUACCCCACACUUUUCCAUCUAUUAUGGCCAAUCGGUGUCUAACGUUG